GACGGCACCGAGCCCGCCCCGGAGCCUCCCGCGGCCGAGCCGCCGCUGCCCCCCGAGCCGGGCGCCGCCGACGCCGAGCCCGGGGCCGAUGCCGCCGUGGUCGAUGUCGGCGCGGCGCUGGAGACGGAGUCUGCCAACGGGAAGGAGCCCUUGGAGGCUGCUGGGGACACCUCAGAAGCUCUGGAGGCUCAGGGGGGCUCGGUGGACGAGGAGAACGGGCGGCAGCUGGGCGAGAUCGAGCUGCAGUGCGGCAUCUGCACCAAAUGGUUCACGGCCGACACCUUCGGCAUCGACACCACCUCCUGCCUGCCCUUCAUGACCAACUACAGCUUCCACUGCAACGUUUGCCAUCACAGCGGCAACACGUAUUUCCUAAGGAAACAAGCAAAUCUCAAGGAGAUGUGCCUUAGUGCUCUGGCCAACUUAACGUGGCAGUCAAGGACACAGGACGAGCACCCGAAAACCAUGUUCUCCAAAGAUAAGGACAUUAUCCCCUUCAUUGAUAAGUACUGGGAGUGCAUGACCACACGGCAGAGGCCUGGGAAGAUGACCUGGCCUAAUAACAUCGUCAAAACCAUGUGUAAAGAGAGAGAUGUGUUCUUGGUGAAGGAGCACCCAGACCCAGGCAGUAAAGACCCAGAAGAGGAUUACCCCAAGUUUGGACUCCUGGACCAAGAUCUGGCCAAUAUCGGCCCUGCCUACGAUAACCAGAAGCAGAGCAGCGCCGUGUCCACCAGCGGAAGCUUGAAUGGUGGAGCCUCUUUGGGAGGGGGAAUGGCAGCAGGAGGCAGCGGCAAGGGCCGGGGAGCCAAGCGCAAGCAGCAGGACGGAGGCACCACGGGCACAGCCAAGAAAACCAGGAGCGACCCGCUGUUCUCGGCUCAGCGCCUGCCGCCCCACGGCUACCCUCUGGAGCACCCCUUCAACAAGGACGGGUAUCGCUACAUCCUGGCUGAGCCUGACCCCCAUGCACCUGACCCUGAGAAACUGGAGCUGGAUUGCUGGGCAGGAAAGCCCAUUCCUGGGGAUCUCUACAGAGCCUGUCUCUACGAGCGUGUCCUGCUGGCCCUGCACGACCGAGCUCCUCAGUUAAAGAUUUCUGACGACAGGCUGACUGUGGUCGGGGAGAAGGGCUACUCCAUGGUCCGAGCCUCCCACGGCGUGCGCAAAGGAGCCUGGUACUUCGAGAUCUCCAUGGAUGAGAUGCCUCCAGACACAGCUGCCAGAUUAGGCUGGUCACAGCCAUUAGGGAACCUCCAGGCCCCACUGGGAUAUGACAAGUUCAGCUACUCCUGGCGCAGCAAGAAGGGCACAAAGUUCCACCAGUCCAUAGGGAAGCACUACUCCUGUGGCUAUGGCCAGGGGGACAUCCUGGGCUUCUACAUCAGCCUUCCUGAGGACACUGAGACUGCCAAAUCGCUGCCUGACACCUACAAGGACAAGGCUUUGAUCAAGUUCAAAAGCUACUUGUACUUUGAAGAGAAGGACUUUGUGGACAAAGCAGAGAAGAGCCUGAAGCAAGCACCGGGCAGCCAGAUCAUAUUCUUCAAGAACGGCGCCAGCCAAGGAGUUGCCUUCAAGGACAUCUUCGAAGGAGUUUACUUUCCUGCCAUUUCGCUGUACAAAGGCUGCACAGUCUCUAUAAACUUUGGGCCAUACUUCAAGUACCCCCCCCGAGACAUCACUUACCGCCCGAUGAGUGACAUGGGCUGGGGGGCUGUGGUGGAGCACACGCUGGCCGACGUCCUCUACCACGUGGAGACAGAGGUGGAUGGGAGGCGAAGCCCCCCCUGGGAGCCGUAGCCAGAGCUGGGCCUGGGGGGGCCAUCCUGGGCCUCAGGGGCCAGCCUGGGCUGUGCUGUCUGUCAGAGGAACCUGCAGAGGAGCUCUGGGAGCCUGCAGCAGCUCUUACAGGGCUGGGAACACGAGGCUUGGGGUCUCAUCUCCCGUGCUGCAGCGGGAUCCAGAACCUGGGAGCAGCUUCCAGCCCCAGGGGUGGUGGUGGAACUGGGCCACUGCCUGUCAGACUGAACUUCUCCCUUCCCUGCCCCAGCCUGGACAUCAGUUUAAGAAUAAAGGCUUUUAACUCCUA